AUGAUCCUACGUUCUCUAUCGCCCAAAUUGACUGUCACUGAUAAAAGCUUAAAUGCGGGUGAUCAACGAAAACGGAUUGUUGUUUGGACGAAAAUUUUUGGUGAAGAAGUGAAUCCAACAGUGUUUGAUGAAUGUGGAAAUUUAACGCAAAAGUGCAUCUUAACUGCACAGCGUGACGGUAUCGAUAAAGCAGCAGCAGUAAUCUUUCAUGCAACAGAAUUUUCGCGUGAUGAUCUACCGAAACUGAGGCAUCAAAAUCAGCGUUACGUAUUUCUGACAAUGGAAGCUCCUGUAAAUUUCAACAAAAAAAAUUUGAACGCCAUUCCAGGUAUCAAAAAUUUUUUUAACUGGUCAAUGACGUAUCGACGUGACGUAGAUGUUCCGAUGCCCUAUGGUGGGUGGUGGGUGAAUCCAGAGAAGUCGAAAACUUUAGGUUUAAAGCCAGAGAAUCUUACAACUAAUUCUACAGCAAUUCUAGAUGGGAAACAGAAACCUAUAUUCUGGCUGGUAUCAAACUGUAAUACAGUUUCGAAGAGAGAAGUGGCAGUUAAACAACUAACCCAAUACAUAAAUGUUAACAUUAUUGGUAAAUGCGCAAAUCGUAAUGGAACUAUGGGAUGUGAACACGGUGGACGAUGUGAGGAAUUCCUUGCAAAACAGCACUUCUUUUUUCUUGCUCUCGAAAACACUGUCUGCAAAGAUUAUGUGACUGAAAAGUACUGGGCUCGAUAUCAGUUUCCGUCGGUACCGAUUGUGAUGAGGCGUCACGUUUAUGAAAAGAUACUACCUCCAAAUUCUUUUAUACCUAUGGAUGACUUUAAAAGUCCACGGAAAAUGGCUGAUUACCUGAAGAUGUUGAUGUCAAAUCAUUCGGCUUACCUCUCUUACUUUUCAUGGAGGGCUGAAGGAUGGAGCCGUCCUUGGCAAAUACCGGGUUACAGGUUGGGUUACUGUAAACUCUGUGAGAAAUUGCUGGAAGAUCAUUCUAAGAAAAUAAUAAAAAACAUCACUGCAUCAUUCUUCGAAAACGCAAGUUGUGAAGGCGGCGAAUUCGCUAAAUCGUGGUUCUGA